AUGAGUUUAACAAAUAUCAUUAAACGUGAUAAGAGGAAAAGACAGGAGGAAAUAAGUCAUGUUAUUAAGAAAAAACUAAAAAAUAGUAAUAUGUUAAAUACUGUUGAUAAGAACAAUCAAAAUGAAAUUGUUUCGUCUUCGUUGACUACGAAGAAUGCAUAUAUGAAUGAACUUGUAAAUAACAAUAUAAUAGAAAAUAUGACAUAUGUAAAAGAUGAUGAGGAACAAACAAUAAAUAUAAAUAGAAACAAAGGAAUACAUGAUUUGAGUUGUAAUUUUUUUCAAAAUAAUUAUAGCUACUUUUGUGAUAAAUGGACAGAAGUAAACUCUUCCAUCCCCAAUGAACCAAAGUAUUAUUUACACACAUGUGUACAGGAAAAAGUACAUAAUCAAAAUGGGCAUGAAGAAAAUAUGAAAAAGGAAAAUUAUUUAAGUAAUAGUAAUAAGGACUUAACUAAAUUGAAGAGAAGAAAAAGAAAGUCUACUGUUAACGAAAAAAAAGACAAGGAGAAGAAGAAGAAGAAGAAAAAUAAAAUAAAAAAAAUAAAAAAAAUAAAAAAUGAUAGAAGAGCAAGAGAAAGAAGCAACAACAGCAACAGAAGUAGAAGUAGCAGAGGCAGAAAUAACGAUGAUAAUAACAGUAAUAGUAAUUACUCACGUGGACGUAGCACUGCCAAUGAGAAUAGCAUCGCCAGUGAAAGCAGUGCCACGAUCGGAAGUAAUAUAACCAAGGGAAGCAAUAUCACCAAGGGGAAUAAUACCACUAAUGGGAGUAGCGGUUCCAACAGUGAUGAGCAAAGUGAAAAUGAAAAGUCAAACGACUACAUAUGGGAAGGGUUAAUGAAAAAAGACGUUAUACUAUUACUAAUCCAAGCGAUUAAAAACAUGGGUUAUAAAAAGUCUGCCAAAUAUUUAGAACUAGAAAGUGGAAUAGAGUUAGAACAACCAUUAGUUAAAGAAAUGCAUAAAAAGAUAUUAUCAGGAGAUUGGAAAAAUGCAAUAUAUAAUUUAAAGAAAUUAAAUAUAAAUGAAAAUGUGAUUAAGGCUAUAGGAUUUUUAAUAUAUGAACAAUCUUUUAUAGAAUAUUUAUAUCAAGGUAAAUAUUUUGCUGCUUUAAGAUGUUUAAGAAGUAAAAUGAAAAAAUAUUGUUUUGAUGAAGAUACGUAUAAUAGAUUACAUGAAUGUACGACUUUUUUUAUGUCUAUAAAUAAUUUAUAUGUACACAAAAAUAAUAAAAAAAAUUUUAAAAAUUCGCGUAAAAUUCUAUUUGAAAAAAUAAAUAGAUUAUUACCUGAACAUAUUAUUUUACCACCUAGGAGACUAGCUAUUUUGUUACAUCAGUCACUUAAGUAUCAAGUGGACAAUUGUUUGUUCCAUAACAACUUUUCCGAAAUGAAAUUACGUAAAAAUUUAUUAAAAUAUGAAAAGGCAAAAAAUCAGGAAAAUGCCAACAACAAGCUAUUUCUUAACCUACAGGAUUACAAUGGUAGGAAUGCCUGUUUAUCCAAAAAAAUGAAAAUUAAAAGAAAAAAAAAUAAUAAAUUAAAUAACAACAAUGAUAAUAGUGAUAAUAACAAUAAGAACAACAAUAAUUGUAAUAACAGUAAUAACAGAAAUAACAGUAAUAACAGAAAUAACAGUAAUAACAGUAAUAACAGUAAUAACAGUAAUAACAGUAAUAACGCAAAUAACGAAAAUAAUGAAAAUAAUAAUAACAGCAGUAACAAUAAUAGUAGUAAUAAAAAUAAUGGUAAUAGUAACACUAUUCUUCAGUACUACGAAAAUAUAUGUACAAGCAAGAAAAAUUCCUGUUGCGAAAAACAAAAUUUUUGUAAAAUUAAUUUUUCGAAAUGUAAUGAACUGAAUAAUGAAUCAUCUGUUUACUUACACAAGUUAAAAGAGAGUAGUCUCACGGAACACACCAAAUAUGCAGAGCAUGUGAUACUCGACAAACAUGCCGCAAAUAAUUCCUGUAGCUACACGAACAAAACGGUUCUAUGGGAAAGCAAACAUGCAGACGAAAAACAGUUUAACACGGCUAGCAGCGGGGCGCUUAGCGGCAGUAGGAUUGGCGGAAAUGCGCACAAUAGCGGUACUCACAAUAGCAAUAACGCUUCUAGGAAAAGUACAAAAUUGAAAAAUACGUUCCUUGCGGAGGGUGGGGAACAAAACAGACAAAUCAUCUCAAAUGCUAAUAAUCUCACUUCUGUAUAUCUACUUAACAAUUCUUUAUCUUACCAUAAAGAAGGGAAAAUGAAAAAUAUGAAAAAUAUGAAAAAUAUGAAAAACGAUAUGAUGAUGAGUGGGAGUAAAAUAUGUACCCUAAACGGGGGUAAUUAUGAACAUUUAAAAAAUCACUCAAACUUUGAUGAACAGCCAACAGCUCCACAUAAAUGCGAAAACUUGAAAUAUGCACAUACAUUUGAUAAUUAUAGUGAGCAAGAAAACAGAUUAGAGGAUCAAAAAAAGAUCGAUAUUAGUUCUUAUGAUACAUUUGUAAAUUCCGUGCAAUUUGUAAGUAAAAAUGUGGAUGGUGUAACGAAUAUGAACAGCAGUAGUAAUACUUGCGCUAAUGCUUGCGCUAAUACUUGCGCUAAUGCUUGCGCUAAUGAUUGCGCUAAUACUUGCGCUAAUGCUUGCGGUAGUGCUUGCGGUAGUGCUUGCGGUAAUAUCAACAGUAGUGCCUACAACAACUGUAACUGUAACUGUAACUGCAACUGCCAUAUCCACAGCUGUAGCGGUAGCAAUAACGUUACGGAGUACAAGAGCGAGCCGUCGAGUAAGCAAGGAAGUAAGACCGUAAUAUAUCUAAACGAGUAUAUAAACGAAAGGGAGGAGAUAGAGGCGCUAUUUCCAUAUACCAGUGUAGGUAAAGAGGAAGUCAGAUUAGAAGAACAAAAAAAGGAAAGAAUCGAUAGAACCAAAAGAAUAGAAGGAAUCGAAAGAAUAGAAGGAAUCGAAAGAACCGAAGGAACCGAAAGAAUAGAAGGAAUCGAAAGAACCGAAGGAACCGAAAGAAUAGAAGGAAUCGAAAGAACCGAAGGAACCGAAGGAAUCGAAAGAACCGAAGGAAUCGAAAGAACCGAAGGAAUCGAAAGAACCAAAAGAACAAAAAGAAGGAAAAUGAAAAAAGAAAUAGAUAAGUUAGACAUACAAAAAGAGAGUGCAUGUAAUGAUAAUAACUAUAAGUUAUUGUCCAUAUCAUUGUUAAAAAAUCAUGAAUGUAGAAGAAUUAAAUUGCCCUAUUAUUGUAUAAAAGUAUUACAAGGACAUAAGGAUGAAGUAUGGUAUGUUAAUGUAUCACCUAAUGGAAAAUAUAUUGCUUCUUCAAGUAAGGAUAAAAGUGUAUUCUUAUGGAAUGGGAAAUACCCAUUUAAUAAAAUAAGAGAAUGGAAUGGUCAUAUAGAUGGUGUUAGUUAUAUUAUAUGGAGUCAUAAUAGUAAAUACUUAGUUUCUGGUUCGAAUGAUUCAAAUAUUAUUAUAUGGAGUCCAAGGAGUAAUAAAAAAAAGUUAAGUCUAACUAUGCAUAAUGGUCCUAUUACAUCUAUUUGUUGGUCUAAAGAUGAUUCUAUAAUUAUAUCAUCAGCAUUUGAUAAGAAAAUAUUCUGUACUAAAUUAAGUGAAGAACUAAAAAGUUUUUCUAUAUUAUAUGCUUGGUCCUUUAGUACUAGAAUACAAAAUUUCGUUUUUACAAAUAAUGAGAAAUAUUUAAUUGUUGUUCCAUCAGAUAAAAAUGUUAGAGUUAUAGAUUAUAAUAUGAAAAAAGAAUUAUACAUUUUACCUGAAUAUGACACUAUUACAUCAGUGUGUGCAUCCAAUUUGUAUAAUCAUAUAUUAGUUAAUAUAGCGGAUCGAAAACCAACCAUCAAAUUGUGGGAUGUUAAAUACAGAUAUAUUAUUCAAACGUAUAGGGGACAUAAACAAGGGAGAUUUAUUGUUCAUUCCACUUUUGGUGGAAAAAAUGAAGACUAUGUUAUAAGUGGUAGUGAAGAUAGUUUAAUAUACAUUUGGCAUAAAACAAAAGGUUAUUUAUUAGAUGUCAUAAAUGGGCAUGCUUCAACUGUUAGUAUAGCCAUAUGGCCACUCUCCACCACCAAAUUCCCCUACAUGGUUUCAGCUUCGGAUGAUCAUACUUUAAUGAUAUGGAAUGUAUGUCCCAGGGUAAAUAGUGUCAAAAAGGAAAUAAAAAAAAAAAAAAAAAAAUAA